AGCACUCUGCAUGUUGCCGAGUAGUUAGUAAGAUCUCUGUCAUCGCGGAGUGCGCACGUAGCCGCAAACGUUAUGCGACUUACGCCGCUUGCUAACUAAACGUACGUGGUUCACAGAAAUUAUGAGUUUUGGACUGAUCGCCGGCAAAAUAGACAGCGGCAGAUUACUGGUUCUAUACCGAAAAUUAAGAAUAGUGUCUAGAUAUUGGGAGGUCUUCGGCGAUAUUCCUGCCGCGAGGCUCCCGAAGCAGAGGCUACUUUUUGGACUAUAAAAGUUUUUUUUACAGACACAAUAUAAUAGUCUUAGUGUUAAGUGCAAUAGGUGAACUGUGUUGUGUUGUUUUUAUUUUGAGGAUUUUAUUUUUUUUUCGGAUUUCCAAAAUGGUUCCUCAGCAAAUUAUUAUUUCGGAUGUGAGGUCUAUAUCACCCACUCCGAGUGGAGUUCCCAUCUUCGGGUCUCAAUUAGUCGACAAAAAUUCAUCGACACCCUACACUGAUGCCACUCAGACGAAAAAGAACAACCCCAACCACAUCAAGAGGCCGAUGAACGCGUUUAUGGUGUGGUCUCAGAUCGAGCGCAGAAAAAUAUGCGAACAAACACCCGAUAUGCACAACGCCGAAAUAUCAAAGAACUUGGGGCGUGUUUGGAAAACGUUGAAUGACGAAGAGAGGCAACCAUUCAUAGAUGAGGCGGAGAGACUUAGACAGCUUCACAUGCGAGAAUAUCCCGAUUACAAGUACAGACCUCGCAAGAAGACCGCUAAGCCCGCCCCAAGAAAUGGUGGCGUCACCAAGCCCAAACGCAAGCAGCGGGCUGACACAAAUAACAACAGAGGAGUAACCAGGCGACGAUCUCGGCCUACGCCUGCAAGCGUCCCCAUGAUGCCUAUGGACACACCAGCUCCUUCUGCCCUGCCCGCAUCUCCGGCGGGGGCGCCUGACUCCCCUGAGUCGGCUUGUCUCUACGACGAUAAUUCUCGGCGCGAGCAGACAGACCUUACGGACCUAUAUUCCAUAACGGACCUGCUACGCCUUCCGGCGGACUGUGAAGUCGAUCUAGACGUGCUUACGGACAUGGAGUCGUUUGAGACAGCCUCUUCCUCUUCGGGCUCGCACUUCGAGUUCUCGUGCACGCCGGACGUAUCGGACAUGCUCAGCGAGAUCGGCGUGACGAGUGAUUGGGACGAGACCGCGUUUUCGUCGUACCUCACGUCGUCUUAGAGUGGUGUGCGGGUCGCCUCGGCCGCUGGCCGGUACCAAUGAUCUCAUUUCGAGCCGCCACACGGGGGCCGACGACGCGGCGACCGCUCGCCGCCCCGCCUAGAGAGUGCCUACAUCCAAUCGACGUGUCGACAUUUGGAUUCAAUGUACAAAGUUAUUUAAUAAGGUUUCGAGGUGUGAAAUUUCGGUUCUAAUGUCGAUCGGCCAACGUGGCCGCUUUAACUUCGGUUUAUCGUUUAGUUUAUAAAACUAACUGUUGCAACUGGCGUCUGAAAACGCGGCGCUAGACCCGGUUUAAAAAAAAUAGGCUGUGAGUUGGUUUUUUAAACGUGUUGCUUUUAUUGAUUUUUUCUUUGAAAACAAAUCGUCGGGAUAGAUUUCCAAACGGCACGUCUCAGACGCAUCUCAGUAAAAAAUUCCGUCUAACUCUCCGUCGCCUGUUUAGCAAGCCGCGGACAGAUCGUUUGCGCACGGUCGUGAAGUCGUGUCGCGUUGUCGCGUCCGUAUAUUCUCUACGAGUACAUUACUCGAGUUGGCUUCUUCAAACUUCAAAGUUCGCGACUCCUUCCUAUCUUACUUUAUUUUAUAACUUUUACACUGUAGAUAUCUUUUUAUUUACGUUCAAACUAAACAUAAUAUUAUAUCAUUCGUAAUAGAAAAUUAAGACUAGGUUAUAGUCAUGUUUGUCUUACGUUUGUACGUAAGUUCACUUUAUACUUUGAUGCACGCAUAGUGAUAGUUUGGUUUAUGAUUUAACUGUCGGAAGCUGAUCGGUAUGCUAUUCGUAAGAAUUCGGAGUGCGGAUCGUAGAGUGGAUAUAGAAUAUUGACUAUAUGUGGAAACGAGCCCUUGCCGCAUGAAUGUUUUCUCUUUUUGAAUCGAGCCAUUCGCGCCCUGCUACUGACGGCUAUGUUUUUUACCGUCGCGCGCGUGACUUUUUUCAAAUCCAUUAAAUAGAUUCAUGGCAUUGGUAUUGUGUAGGUGUUUGAGUCGGUAUGUCUUGCUAUAUUUACGUUAGGUUGCUUAAGAUAGGGUUAUGUGCGUUGGUAGGGUACGAAAGUUUGUCUAAAGAUAUGACGGCACCUCAGGAUCGAUGCGAAAGGGACACUUCAAGUUUCUAGUUCAUUUCUUAUGUCUUCACGCUUCACAAAGUCUAUAGAAAGAUACAUAUCAAAAGGGGGAAUGUACUGUAUCGCGGGUCGGUUAUGAUCGUAAGAACAAAACUAUACUUCUGUCAAACUCAAAUAUUUUGCUGUUUCGAGCUCUGUGAUUUACUUUAUGGAAUUUCUAAAUUUUAAGAAUAUUAUAGUGGAGACUGAUAUCGCAUAGAUUAGUUUUAGCAGCGCUAGCUUCUCUAUCUUUUUUGAUUUCUAGAACUGGGCAUAACUCUUGAAUGUAAAACGAGACAUAUUUUUGAUAUUUCGCUUCACUGUGGUGAUUCAGUCGCGAGACGUCGAUUUCCAUAGACUAGCGUCCAACAAAA